GGCUGCGAACACCGACGACGACCACAUCACCCUUCGCCCCCAUCUCUACGACCUCUGAUCACCAUGCACGCUCUGUCAUACAUACCCACCGGGCUUCUCAGCCUCUUCUUCGCGUGGUAUCUCCUCCCAUUAGCUCACGCCAGCUCCUACUUCGUGAUCAACCAACCUGCGAAGGGCGCAACGUGGGUCAACAACGCCGUCAACCCUAUCUCGUGGACGAAGGGUCUUCUCGACGGUGUCACCGCUGUCGACAUUGAACUUGCCCGCCUCAGCGAGGACGGGCUGAUCUUCGUCGCGCGCGACGUCCCCGCGGCGGUCUCGACGGGCGGCGUGAACAUCCUCAUCCAAGACAUCCCGACCGCAGACGACUACUUCCUCCUCUUCGUCAACUCCACGAACGGCAUCAUGUACGCGUCCUCGCCCCAGUUCACCAUCUCCGACACCGCGAACGGCACCUCCACGCCUGUCUCCGGCUCCGCCACCGUCACGGUCUCCGGCGGGCCGAACCCCACCGCCGUGUUCGCGACGACGUUCCCCCCGUCGGCGAACGGCGCCGUGUCCGUGGAGGGCGCCGGCCGCCAGCUCGCUGCCGUCGGCAGCGUCAUGGCGCUGUCCGUGCUCGGCGGCGUCUGGGCGGUGCUAUAACCGCUGGAUGCGGAUGCGGUCGCGCCACGCCGCGCGGGUGGAUAUCGGACGAGGGCGCGGGUGGGCGAGUAGAUCUAUUUUAUCUGCCUGGGGACACGGACCAUCCUAGUGAGUUCCCGAUUCCGUUGGCGUUCAUAUAGGGUCUUCAGCAACUGCUCGCGAACGCAGUAUGCCACCUGGAGUCGCCAGCCUUCUUCUGGGUGGUAGUACUUCUUCAUUAGAGCACACCAACCGAACUAUCAACGCGCAAACCUUAACUCUAUGGACUGGGCAGAAUUGCCGAUCAAAAUUUGCGAGCGAAUCAUCGACUCCUGCAGCACCU